AUGGCACGUGACAUAUAUAUGUCCACAACAUUGAUGAACUACUACGCUCCUCUUUUCUUCUUAGAGGUUUCAUCAGUUGAACCUGUGAAGGAUUUUGUAAGAAAGUUGAGCUCUAGCUGUUGUGAUAAAGCUCUUGAAAAGUUGAAUGAUCCUGACACUGAGUGUAAAUCCAUGGUUUUCGAGUUUGGACCUCUCAUUCUCGUUGACGCUGGGAAGUUUAUUCAGAAUGUUGACCUCUGCUCCACAUUCGAUGCAUGGAGUAGGUACAACGCCGGUAAACAGCAAGAGUCAGUUGAGGGAAGAAUUAAAGUGGUGAUUUAUCUAAAAUAUUCCGAUGUCAAUUUGUAUAAACUCUCUCUAAAACAAAGUGUUUUUCGUUACAAACAUGCUUAUGUGUUAUACGCUAGAGCCAUGGAAGGACUAGACCUUAAUGAAACUGUAACAAUUGAAGAUUGUAUUGAGGAUACUGGUGCAACUGAUAAGAACUCCAAUCCCCCUACCGAAGGCAUGUGCUUUUUAACGGGUCAAGAAUUUUUCGAUUUUUGUAAUAUGUAUGCGUUUAAGGAAGGUUUUGAGAUGUUUAUGAAAAGUAAUACUUUGAAACAAGAGUAUAAGGCUAUUGGAGUGAAUAGGAAAGGUGUUGGAGAGCUUGAGCCAAAGCCUCACAUGAUGGAAUUCAUUAGAUUAAAAUGUAAGAAGGGAGGCACGAACGUUGGGUCCAAUGUAACUGGUUGUAAAAUGUUCAUUUAUGGUAAAAAUAAGGAUGAUAAGUUUACCAUAUUGAAGUGUGAGUUGAAACACAACCAUGCUCUAAAUCCAGAUUGUAGUAGAAUGAUGGUUAACUAUAGGAAUAUUGAUAGUACGACGUUUAAAAGAGCGAUGAUCAAUGACAUGGGUGGUGUUAGCAUUACCAAAAACUAUGGUACCCAAUUGAUUGAAAAGGGUGGGUUUGACAAUAUCGCAUUCAACCAGAGGGACCUUAGAAAUGCGAUAAGUGUUGAACGUCGUAAGUCUAGGUUUAAGGAUUCUGAUGCAGCUGGAUUAGAUCAAUAUUUUAAGGCGCAACGAGAAUUGAAUUCUGAGUUUUAUUGCUCCAUCCAAAAAGAUGAUGAUGGUGUAUUUACAAACGCAUUUUGGUCCGAUGCGCGAAGUAGAGGGACAUGCAAGUAUUUUGGAGACGUAAUCACAUUCGAUACAACAUUUUCAUGCAACAGGUUCCGUAUGCCUUUUGCACCAUUUAUUGGUGUAAACCACCAUGGGAAGUCAAUUAUAUUUGCGGCAGCACUUAUAUCCCACGAAGAUGCGCCAACAUUUGUUUGGGUGUUCGAAGAAUUAAUGAAGUGUAUGGGUAAGGCUCCUACGGGAAUCCUAACGGACCAAGACAGGGCAAUAGGUAAAGCAAUUAAGCAAGUCUUCCCUGGCGUGCCACACAGACUAUGUCUAUGGCACAUGCUCCAAAAUGCUACGAAAGCGCUUGGUAGCCGUAAGGACUGGCUGAAGAUUGAUACCCUAAUACGUACUGCAAUACAUGAUUUGCUUGAUCCUGACGAGUUUGAUGAAGCAUGGUGUCAUGUGAUGGAAGAAUACGGUCUAACCGGUCCUGGGUGGAUGAAGGAUGCAUACGAACUGAGGUGUCAGUGGGCUCCCGCGUACAAUAGAGGAAAGUUUUGGGCUGGUAUGUCUUCUAGACAAAGAAGUGAAGGUAUGAACCGAUUCUUUAAAACUCAUGUUAACUUAGAAUGCGGUUUGGUUUUGUUCAUUAAAAAUUAUGAGUGGUGCAUGAGAAUUAAAGCUGAGGAAGAGAAGCAGGAUAAUUAUGAUAGCAUUGAUAAGAUUCCCCGGCUUGAGCCGGGUAAGAGUGUGUUAGUUGAAUAUGUGUUGGUUAAGUCGUACACUAAUGAGAAGUUUGCGGAGGUGGUGGCAUAG